CUCUGACCUCAUCAUGGCUUCUCCCACAGUUAAACGUGAUUUCUGCUUCAGUCUAAGGUAGUUCGCUCUGUCUUCAGUGCAUAUUCAAGGAUUUUAUUCAGAUCCCUAUGGAUGCAACUUGUCAACAUUAACUCAGGAUGUACAUGUACAGUAUAUUGAAUUUAUGAGAAGAAGCCUGCUAGCUGGACACUGGUCACUGCUAGCAGUAAGAGGACUAUGUGAACUGUGAACUACAGAGGAAUUUUUUAAGAUGCCAGAACUGUCACUUUAAAACUGUUGGAUUUUUAUUCUCAAGGGAAAGAUGAAAAUGAGUAUUUCGCCAACUGGGCUGUAUCUCCAUAUAUUGAAGAAUGCUCAAGGAUUAAUUGGAACUAAAUGUAUGCUGUCACCCUUUAAAAAGAUGACAUUUCAAUUCUGUAUUAGGUCAUCUUGCUCUGUAUCAUCUCUUUACCUUCAUAAAAAUAUGACUUCCCUUCUUUCUACAAAUAUACUGGUAGCACAGUUGUCUCAAAAAAAGACAAAGGCUUCUUCAUCCUCUCAUCAUUUAAAAAGUGUAAGGAACUUAUCGAGAUAUGCUUUACCACCACAAAAUGAGAGCAAGUUCAACCAGGGUUUAGGAUCACUUUGGUCAUCACUCAAUGUGCACAAAAGUGGAAAAUAUUUUUGUUCCUCUGCCUUAAGUAGUAUCGGGAACCAAGCAUCAAUGAGGUUCUCAUCAUCAGCCCUCCACGUUCGCAAGGGAUACCCAAGUUCCCAAAAGAUUGUAAAGCCUGAUGUUGAUGUGGAUGCUGUCUUGUCAGAGGAGAAUAUUCCUAAACUUAGAGAAAAUAUUAACAGGAGGAAAAUGAGGCUGGACAUAGAUAUUUUGAUGCAGGAUUAUGAAAAGUUUAGAGAAGUCAGAGAUGUAUUCCAGAAGGUAGAGACUGAAAAACAAGACAUUACAAAGAAAGUUAAGCUCCUGGUAGGCCAGUUUGAGACAACAGGGAAAACCAGCGAAGCAGUAAAGAGAAUGAAAACAUUGACCAAGAGAGGAAGGGAGUUAAGAGAGGAGUUAUCUGGGUUAAAGGACCAGUGGCUUGACAUUGAAGAUAAAAUCAUGAUACAAGUUCUGGAACUUCCUAACUGGUUGGACAUCUGUACAAAAGAACAUGAAAAUAUUUUGUUGGAACAUCAUAAAACUUGUUCUUCAGCUGAUCAGUUUAUUAAGGAAAUGGAGCCUCCUAUAUCAUACAAAGAUCAUGUUGAAUUGGCAAGUCGGCUCCCGGAUGGAAAUAUACACUUCAGAGCUGUCAGCCCCACAGCAUAUUACUUGGAAGGAAGACUGGCUGAGGCAGAGCUCUCUUUGACUGACCAUUUCUCUGACCAGUUGUUAGAAGCUGGCUUUACCCCACUUUCUUGUCCAGAUAUGUUCAAAUCUGUUGUUGUGGAAGGUUGUGGUGUUGACACAGAAGAUCCUGAACAGGUAUUGACUCUGUCUUGCCGAGGAGACCUUGAAGAUGGAGAUAGUCCUGACUCUGAGUCUAGCUCCACUAAGACCCAGCCUGGAUCGGCUGGUGGUCCGGAAUGGAGUAUUACCUAUCACCUGACUGGCGUCAGCCACAUGGCUGCCACAGCCUACAUAACAAAGAACUAUAUCUGGGAGAAGAGUUUGCCAGCUAAAUGGUAUUCUGUGGGUAGACAUUACCAACCUGCAAAAGAAGAUCUGAAUGGGCCAAGCCUGUUCAACACAUGUCAAUCAUCAAGGGUUCAGUUAUGUGCUGCUACUGUGAAUUGCAGUGAAAGUGAUAUAAUGUACCAAGAGAUGGUUGACCUCUUGCAGAGACUUUAUACUCCUAAAACAACCAGUGAGAUUUUUCCUUAUGGCAGGAUGCGCUCUGUACCUGCACCCCAACUUGCCAUGUGGGAAAGUUGUAGAAACGAAUUUCAGCUUUGGUCACCAAGCCUGAGAAAGUUUAUUACGGUUGCAGCUGUGUCAAAAAGCAAUGAUUUUAUUAGUAAACGCCUUAUGAUAAAACACUCUGGUGGACACCAUGUGCAUAUGGUACAUGGUUAUGUUGCAGAUGUCACCAAACUGAUUGCUUGCCUCUUGGAACAAAGUCAAACCAAAAAUGGAGAAGUAAGCCUGCCCCUGUUCCAGUCAUUUGUGGAGAUGAAAUAAUCCUGUGAAACUAAAUGUGGGAUAAAUCGUAAAAAAAAAAAAAUUGUUAGGCGUGACUCAUUGUGACUUGGAUGUCUCAACACAAUGUGCAUUGUGUCCAUCGCCACAUGGAAAAGGCCUAUUAUGCAUUAAUUUUGUGUAAAAUGUGACAAUAAAUUGUUUUAGCUGCAAUAGAGAGCUCUGAACAAGUUGACGUGUU